ACCGCUUUAACCGGGUCAGAUUUAUCGUAGCAACGGCCCCUUAGCAACCCACCAAGUCCAUAGAGGAUGUGAGUGAAGGAAUGCGGGGUUCCUGAAUAAACAGAACAACAACCUAAAUAACAAACAACUACACCUGAAACUGAUUACUUUUCUGGACUGAAUUAUCAUCGUUCCUUUGAGGUGACUAUGGGAUGCGGCAGUUCCUCAAACACGAAGGUCAGACCGCUGACACCGGAAGCGGUGAAGAGAGACGGGGAUGAAACAAGCAGUAGACUGGAUGGUCGUGGAGACUCAGCCGUGUCAAAGGUCACCACAGACAGCGGGGUGGUGAUGGACAACAUCACUGAGUUAUUUGGAGCAGUGCCCAGAAAGCUCCCCCCUCUAAUGUGUGUCAAAGAAAGUGAUACAGGCUUGCUGCAGCAGGAGAGCACCAUGCAGAAGCGGAAAAACUCGAAUGCGAUCCUGGAGGAGCUGCUGCUUCAGGGCAUCAUCCCUGCAGGACAGAGCAGAGAGAAAGGCAACGGGGCGGGGGAGGCAUACAGCAUCAUGCUGAGUGACAGUGAAGGAGUCAUGAGAAGACCCCCUGCCAGGCUUGAGUCCCUGAAGGCCAAGAAGGAGAAAAAUCUCCCCAGCAAAGAAGAAAUCGAAGAGAGGAUUAGACUGGCCAAUGAGAGACGCAAGUCAAAGGAAAUCGAGCUAAAGACGCGUUUGAGGUCCAAGUCUGCACGUGUCCGUGGCCCUGCACCCACCUCCAGCACAAACCAGGAGGAAGAUCUCAUCCCUGUGGAGACGCUACUGAACCUGGAACCAUGAGACCCACCAUCUCCCGGCCUGAUCCCACGAGAGGCAGCCGAGGGGGGAGAGUGUGUGAUAGAGGCAGCAGGUGACGGCAGGGAGAGUUAAGAUGAUAAGAGCAAAGAGGAGAGGAGAGGGGGUAAAUAGGAAGGUGUAGGGAGGGGAGAUAAUGGAGGUGUAAAGAGGCAUGGGGAGACUGGUGAUGGAGAAGAGGAGGAGGAGGAGGAGGAGUUGACUCAGGUGGAGGAGCUCAAGAAGGAUGAGCUCCAUAUAGCUUCAGGGAGGCUAAAGGUAUAUUGGCUUUUCGGAUCCACUUUUGUUUGGACCAAAACCAGUAUUGUACAAAGUAUUAAGUAUAUAUUUUUCUAUUGCGUGUUUAAAUGGACAAGGGUGACUUUGGAUGUUAAGGAGGUCAGUUUAAUUUUAAAACCAUGAUUAUUACUGGAUGAGUGACAGAAUUAAAACAAUGGGUAAUUACCAUCAAUAAAACUAUAAAAAAGA